AUGUCACGAAUAAGCAAGCAAAUAGGCAGCAAGCCCGUAACGAUAAUAGUUACAGCAGCAGCAGCAGUAGAAGCAGAAGCAGAAGCAGCAGUAGCAGUCUGGUUCCUCGAACAAGAAAUCCGUCAAGCGUACCGUUGCCCGACGUCCGAUGGAAGAAUAGGCCGCGGAGCGUCGCCUCGAACCGGAAUUCCACCCCGGCCAUGUCGCAUCGCAGCCGAACAUUUAACACACACACACACACACACACACAUACACAUACGCACGCACCGUCCGAGGCACACUGGUCGCGCACCCCAGGCCACGGCACGACGUUCGUUGCUGGUACCUACAGAUCCCGCUUCUCCUGAAGCCCCUGUGCCGUGGUUGCAGUCCAACAAUCCGAUGACCCUACAAGCUACAAUCCUGUUUGUCCUCGCUGCACCAUUGAGUUCCACAAAGGGGCCCUAUGCCAACCAACUCUUCGAGGUUCAGCCUCCAGAGUCUCGACAUGACGUGCUGGCAUGCAACUGCCAGGCAGCUUGUGAUGAUCCGGAUGGCAUGGUGCUGCAAGACAACAACACCAAGACAGUCUCUCGCUUGUCUCUGCGCCCGCGAAGUCAGAACAGACCAGAACAGAUGCACCACCGUGCCCCGAGCCCACAGCCGAAAGACCGUCUUGAAUGGCGGCGCACGGUAAAGGGAGCGAGACCACCAGCUCUGUUUGCCCAUCUUCCAAAUUCCAAGGCUCCCCCUCUCCCCCCCCUUCCGCUGCCGGACCGCACUGCAAACGAGCUUGGCACGGGUAGGAAGAGUAAGAUCGUCUUCAUUGACCAAGGAACGCACCUCAUCACUUAGGC